UUGUGUGCUUUUUAGCCUCCUUCCCAGAAUGCGGUGGAAACUCCGCCCCUGUCUCCGUGGACACCGGGCUUCUGCGGUGACUGUCACCAAGGGCGGAGCUGGGGUCGCUGCCCCUCCUCAUCUGCAACAGCUCUCGGGCUGGGAGCGAUCACUGUCACCCCUUAACCUCUCUGUUCCUCUUCGCGGCGGCCCUCCCUUUCCCUUGUCCUUUCGUGCCCCAACCACAACCUGGAGGCCGCACUCCAGCACGGGCCUCCGCUGGGACGGUGCACCGGGAGUCCUGGCCUGAGAUCUGCCCUGCGUGGCCUCCUCCUACAGCCCCUCUCCGGGCCCACCCCUCGGCUGCGCUGAUUGGCUGCGCCUGCCCCGCCCUGAACAGGCAGGGUCCACUGACCCGCGGAAAGUUUUCCGUGCCGGGAGGAAGCUGGACAUUCGGAGACUCCGAGAAAGCAGCAGCUCCGGAGGCUGCAGGGGUCUGGUCGGCCAUGGAGGAGCCCACUUUGCGAGAGGAGGAAGAGGAGGAGGGGGGCGAGGCUGGGCCCGAGGGGGCCCUGGGCAAGAGCCCCUUCCAGCUGACCGCCGAGGACGUAUAUGACAUCUCCUACGUGAUGGGCCGCGAGCUGAUGGCCCUGGGCAGCGACCCCCGGGUGACACAGCUGCAGUUCAAGAUCGUCCGCGUCCUGGAGAUGCUGGAGACGCUGGUGAAUGAGGGCAGCCUGACGGUGGAAGAGCUAAGAAUGGAGCGGGACAACCUCCGGAAGGAGGUGGAGGGGCUGCGGAGAGAGAGCUCGGCGGCCGGCAGGGAGAUGAACCUGGGACCAGACAAAAUGGUGGUUGACCUGACAGAUCCCAACCGACCACGCUUUACUCUACAGGAGCUGAGAGACGUGCUGCAGGAGCGCAACAAACUCAAGUCGCAGCUGCUGGUGGUGCAGGAAGAGCUGCAGUGCUAUAAGAGUGGCCUGAUCCCAGCAAGAGAAGGCCCAGGAGGAAGAAGAGAAAAAGAUGCUCUGGUUACCAGGGCCAGCAAUGCCAGCAGUAACAAGGAGGAGACAAUCAUAAGGAAGCUGUUCUCUUUCCGAUCAGGGAAGCAGACAUAGAUCUGGGACCAUGGCUCAGUUCUCAGAAGACGACUUCAAAAAUCAUCUCUCAGUGCCAGUGCGUACCCACUGCACUUGCUCCUUUGUUUCCCCUCAAAGCCAUCUGAGGAGGAACGGAUGAGGUUUUCUCCCCGGCUGCAGAAUUGAACACCCCCGAAGGCUGGGCCAGGGCGAGUGAAGCGGCACAAAGAAACCGAGAAAGCAGAAGGAAAGCGAAAUGGGGCCACCUGCAGCCCCACUUCAACCCCCCAAGAGGCCCCCAGCGUGCGGAUGUGCUUUCUGCUUCUCAGGGCUCACAAACGACCCAGGUCUUUACUGCGUAGCUGCAAAACACACCAGCCCAAAUCGGGGUGGGGAGAAGAGGAUGCAGGACCAUCUGGUAUGGACUUUGCAGUGAUGACUUCACUGAUAUUUGGUGACUAUUUGAUUUUGCUAACGUGACUUUCUUUACAUGAUUUUUUAAUUAAAGUAAAAUGACUUUUACACUUUCUGUGUUUUAGAGUAGCCUCUUAGAGUUACGUGACCUUGUGUAAGUUACCUCAGUUUUUUGGAGUCUUGGUUUCCAAAUCUGUGAACUGUAUACAGUUGACCCUUGAAUAACACAGAUUGAACUGCGAAGGUCCAUCACACUCAGAUCCUUUUUCAAUAGUAAGCACUGUAUAGUACUGCACGACCUGCACUUGGUUGAAUCUGCGUAUACGGAGGAAACCCGAAUAUGGAGGGCUGACUAUAAGCUGUAUGCGGAUUUUUCGACUGUGGAGAGGGUGGGUGUCCAUAACUCCCUGCAUUGUUCAAGAGUCAAAUACACACACACACACACACACACACACACACACGUAUAUAUACAUAUAUAACGUAUGUAUACCUACAUACAUAUAUAUAUAUGGUGCACAUACAUCUCAUUGAAUCUAAGUGAGGCACCAUUAUUUUGUGUGUUGCUAUGACAGGAAAAAUGCUACAAAUUAUAACAUUAAGAUGCUAUUGAUUUUAAGGCUCAUCCUGAUUUCAGCAAUGUUAAAAUGUGGAAAAAAAUAAGUGCAUUUAGGAAUCAAUGAAAUACAGUCUGUAGAUAGCGGGAGACUAUACUUUGCAAAGAAACUAAUGAGCCUGCUGAACUCACCCUAUGAGCCUGUCUUCUUAGUGAAUAACACUGGCUUACUGAACGUGUUUCCCUGCUGCCUGGAUUAUCUCAUUUAUUCCUAUAACAUCUGAGGAGAUGGGGACUAAUACUAAUCGUCCAGUUUACAGAUUUGGAAACCAAGACCCCAAGAGGUUAGAGUACUUCACACGAGGUCACGUAGCUGGGAAGUUACUGCCCAGAAUGCACACGGAGGCCUGAUUCUAAGGCCUCGGUUCUUAUCUGUGACGCUCUAUGUACCCUGAUUCUCCAAAAAGUGCAAAUAUUAAUAAUGAGUGCAAUUUACUAUAUGCCUUGCCCACACCUAUAUAUGUUGCCUCACCUUAUCCCUAUGGGAUGGGCGUUAUUAUUAUUCCCGUGGUUCACCCAAGCACGUGCCAGCACAGUGGGGCUAAGGGGCUUGUCUAAGGCCCCAACUGGAAAGUGAUAAAAGUGGGACUUGAACCCAGGUGCCAAGGCCAAGACCACUCUGCCUCCCAAGAAGAGUCGGCAAUGUUCAAAUGUCUGAUCCAGAAUGCCAUCUCAGCAGCAUCUUAGAUCGGGGGGGUCCUGAUUCCUGUAACGCUGCAACCCUGACUGGUUGCUGCCCUCUUAACAGCAGGGAGGGAGGAGGAUUUCUGCACCUUGGAGGUGAGAGCUGACUUGGGAAACGAACCCGAGCAUCCUGACUUCAGAACCGCAGACGCUGGGGUGUGGCUGUUGGAGCGCCAGAAGCUAAGUUCUUGGAGCCGGGCCCAGUGUGACCACAGACAGCAGAGACACGGCCGCUCCCACACUGCAGGCUUCCAACUCCAAACCCAGCCCCAGGAGGAGCAGGCUUAGAGGCAGUAUCUAUCAGUUCUGGGCACUUGUAAACAGGGAAUGAUAGAAAACCACCCAAAAUUUUCAUCCUAAUAACAGCUAACAUUGAUUACUGAGGAUCAUCUAUGUGCAAGUACUUUUUAUGUCUCAAACUCAUCCAAUCCUCACCAUCACCCCGACACAAGCACCAGUGUCAUCUUCAUGUCACCGGGGAGGAAAGUGGCACGCAGGGCGGUUAGGUAACCCGCCCAAGGUUACACAGCUGCUAAGUGGCUGGAACCUGAGGUUCUGUUCCAGGGCCGAGCACUUGGCCAUCAGGCCACACUUCCCCUCCAAUGUGAGGAGGUAGUAAUACGUGACGACUGAAUCCUGCAGAAACCCCUGCAAGGCAGGUGGGCAGAGGCUGUUCCGAACCUGAUGGACAAAUUUCAGAGGGUAAGUGAUUUGUUCAGGGUGACAGCUGACAAAUGCUUAGAGCCGAUCGAUGCCGGGAAUGGCUCUUCUACCUGUAAACCAAGGACUCUACCCACCGUCCCAACCUGCCUCUAGUGCCUGGGGCUGAGGGAACUAAGCCUCUCGGGGCGGGUGGUGGCGUGUGCGGUGGGGAUGGCGAUCUGGGCUGGCGGCGGGGUGGGGGACACGACGACUUCCAGCACCAUUGAGACGCCUACCUGAGAACUCUAGCACGUUAGAAACAACAAUGACAGUUACAACAGCUAAAACGUAUGCUACUUGCCAGGCAUUGUUCUAAGGGGGCAACAUGUUUAACUUUUAAUCUCCAAAAGCAACCUCUGACCCCCCCCUCAUGAUAAAAACGAAGAGACUGUCCCCUAGGAGGACAGUCACCAAAACUGAUUCACACUGGUGUGUGGCCCUUUGUAAAAUAAAACGGGAAUUCCCUGGCAGUCCAGCGGUUAGGACUCCGUGCUCUCACUGCCGAGGGCCAGGGUUCAAUCCCUGGUUGAGGAACUAAGAUCCCACAAGCCGUGCAGUGUGGCCGAAACAAAAAACAAAACAAAACCAAAAAAAUGCAACCUUUCUUCUGCCUCUGCCUUGUAAAAAACAAACAAACAAAAACCACAAAAAACCAGAAUGACACACAUAGCCUCGCCUGGCAAUAAAUAUUUUAAUUUUCAUUUCAUUUUUAUGAUGACAAAUAAUUUUCAAGUUUAUUUCCUUUUUUUUUUUUUUAAAUACAAAGCUAAACCACAAACAGGUACAACCAAGACAUUUUAUCUCACAUUUACACACUCCCAUCAGAUCCUCCUCCAAUUCACUGACCACUGACCAGGCAAGUGUGGGGUGGGGGGAAGACUUUCUUAGGUAGCACCGUCGUGAGACCGGGACAGGGGCACUGAAGCUGAGGACAGGCUCUCAUGCCUGUCUCCAUUCACAUUUACCUGGGAGCAGGGGGCCAGGAGACCCCACGUCACGGCUCCAGAGCCCCAGGCCCCUGAACUACAGGUUAACAGAAAGUGGGAAUCGGUUUCCCUUUGGGAGGAAGCUACCUGCUGCUCUUCCUGCUGUCACAGUCGAGGUGAAAACUUUACCCUUAGCCGUGAUCCCUGGGCCACUGGGCCCGCCCGCUCCCCUGCACUCCAGCAGCUGGGCUGGGGACCCUGCAUUUCGGGGCUUGUAGGCUCACCCUUUGGUUCACGGCUGCAUCUUCACAGGAAGGACACCAGGGGGUCUGACAAACAAAAGCCUUGACAGCAGGUCUGGAACUUUCAACCCAGCAGAAUCAGGUUGGGGCGGGGGUGGGGAGGUGGGGAAUUGGGUAAGUAAUUUCUGGUCGCACUACAAAACUUUAUUUUUGAUUAGAAUAGUGUACCAUCUCAAAUCUCUUCUACAGAAACAAAACCAAGGGGGAGAAAAAAAGCCAAACUAAAAAAAAAAACCCAAACAAAAA